AAUUGGGCGCGGGACACGUCAAAAGUAUGGUCAUGUUUUAUUCAAGCACUCUUGUGCUAUCCAUCCAGUGGAUUCAGGAAGCGAAUUUUUCGAUGAUUCAUUGGGGGACAGGCUACGUUUUGCAUAUGGCUAUCGCACUCAUAAACCUUCUGCACUCUUAAUCAUUUUCUUGGAAUGCAUUUCUUUCGGCGUUUUUUGGAUUUUUUUUCACUGGUUUCCCCUACUUAAAUUUUUGUUAUCUCAUUAUCCUUGUCGCUUAUUACAAGCGACGCAUGUUGUACUCGUGACUCAAAAUGGUGAAGAACAUGUUAUUAAUGUGUUUCGACCUUUUAUAUCACCCUGUGAAGCAGUCAAUUUUGAUAAUUGGCCUACUUUAUGUACGUUUUGUGGAAUGAAACAAAAACUUUGUAGGGAAGGUCCAUCUGAAAAUUGGAAAAGCAUUAAUGACAAUUUGCUUAAAAAACCGGAUUUAUUUAAAGAAUAUCUUGAUAAUCAGAGGAUUAUGCAAGAAAACAAUAAGGCAUUUAUAGGAGAUUUGUCGGAAAUUUAUAGAGACGAAUGGUGUACGUGUGGCAACAUGAAUCGAUGCAGUAAAGCUGAAAGCACGCAUACACAUUUAUAUAUGUUUCGAUUUAGACUCUUACGUUAUUAUUUAAAUUUAAGAGAAAAUUGUUUUCAUUUAAUUUGCUUCAAUACAAAAUUCAAUCCAGUUGCAUUGCAUAACCAUCUUGGUAAAGGAAUUCUGAGCCAAGCGUUAUACGAGUCUCGUGAAAGAAUUUAUGGAUCUGAUACCAUAAAGCCUUAUCCAUUAAUUCGAACAAUCAUUGAAGAGUUAACAGAGCCAUUUUAUGUUUUUCAAAUCUUGUCAGUAGCUUUAUGGAUAUGGGAUGAUUAUUUAGAGUAUGCAUAUAUUGUCAUAGCACAAAUGCUUAUAUCUAGUAUUUACGACAUCUCUAUAGCAAGAGAUUAUGAGCGCCGUAUACUACAAUUAGCUCUUGACUUGAAUUUUGACGUGAAUGUUUUUCGCAGUUGGAUACAUAAAGACGAUAAUUUUCUACGAGAAAUGAAGUGGAGUUCAGAUUUGUAUGAAAACGAACAAUUAUUGAGAAAAUGGUUGACAGUCGUUCCAGCAGGUUCACUUCAGCCUGGUGAAUUAUUCGAGAUUGUUAAAGGAAUGACUUUACCUUGUGAUACCAUUCUUUUAUCGGGUAAUGCUAUUUGCUCAGAAACUUUUUUAUCUGGAGAGCCAACGCCUCAAAGCAAAACUUGUUUACCAGGUGGUUACCACCAACCCAAUUGCAGAAAAUCAACAUGUACGACACAAGACCUGGAGAAUGGAGAUUCGAGUGAAUACAUUGAAAAAAAUGUUUCUUUAAUGAAAGAAUACAAUAUUGAUGAGGAUACUCAACAUACUCUUUAUGCUGGAACUCAGGUCAUUGAACUGCAACCUUUAGCCAAAAGUCAUAGAGUUCUUGGUUUGUGCAUACGAACUCGAUUUCUUUCAAGUCAUGGUAGAUUGAUAAGAUCCUCCCUUUUUCCAGCAGGACCUUUUUUUGAUUUCAAUGCUCAAGCUUUAUCUUUUUUCGGUUAUAUGUUUCUUUUUAGUUUGUUUGGUGCGGGUAUCUCCAUUGCAACAGGAUACUAUUUUCAUUUCAGCUUUCAAGUUAUCCUUAUUCGAACGUUAGAUUUAUUCACGGAUGCUCUUCCUCCUGCUUUACCUGCAGUAUUAGGCAUGGGAAUUGUUGUUGCUAUGAAUCAUUUAAGCUCUCACUACAAAAUUAAUUGUAUCAAUGCAGGGCGCAUUAAUUUGGCCGGAUUAAUUGAUACGUUUGUUUUUGAUAAAACAGGUACUCUUACAGAACAAAAGCUCAGUUUGUAUGGUUGUAUUCAAGUGGAAAAUUCAUAUUGUCAUUUAAAUUCUCCCAAGUUAUCUAUUCCACAACGAUUUUACACUAAUGUAUUAUCUCACCAGUAUAAAUACACGAAAAGUCGCCCCCAUGCACGUAAGCGGCAAACACAAAAACUUCAACGAAAAUUUGCCAAUUCGACGAAACAACCACUGACAGGAUCAAACGAGUUACGUCAUUUCCAUUCCGUUUCCAAGUCAUUAAAUGACUAUGUUAAACCCAAAUCAGCAUAUUUUGGAUUUCUACAAAUUCAACCUACGCUGUUAAAACGUCAUUUUGUAGAAGCAAUGGCGACUUGUCAUUCUUUAUCAUUAAUUGAUAGUAUUGUUAGAGGCGAUCCAUUAGAUUCUACCUUGUUACAUUUCACGGAAUGGAAAAUUCAUACUUUUCAGGACGAUAUUGCUCAAGUUGAACAAUUUAUGCUCUACUUGAGAAAACGUAUAGGAAAGGAUAAACAACUUUUAAAUUAUUUUAAACCUUUUUUAAAAUUGACCCCACAGGAACUUGUGACACGUCAAGUAUUUGACUUUUACAAAACAAAGCACACACUACCUACCAUUAUAAAACCUCCACAAGAGCCAAUUUCUUUGCUGCAAACAAUUCGACGUGAUCGUUUUUCCCACAUUAUAAAAGUACUUUCAGAGAUACAUACAGACAGUUUUUUAUCCUACGCUCCUCUUACGGCAAUCAAUAUUGAACCUUACUUGAUAAGUUUACUGAAAAUACCUAACACUAUUCACAAAAAAUAUUCUUCAAAAAAGCAAUGCAAUGAACUUGCUAUAGUGCGACGUUUUACAUUCACGCCCUCACUCAAACGUGUGACCGUUAUUGUUCGUAAUCCUGUAACACAAAACAUUUAUGUAUACACAAAAGGUUCCGCAGAAACCAUGGUUUCUCUUUGUAAAACAACAUCACUGCCUGCGUCUUUUUACUCUCUGGUAGCUUAUUAUACGCGAACCGGACAUCGAAUUAUUAUUGUUUGUGGCCGGUCUCUUGGAAAGUUAAGCGGAAGCCUUGUUGAUUCUUUGACGAGAAAGCAAGUAGAAAGCAAAUUGAUUCUAUUGGGGAUCGUUUUAUUUUCUAACCGCCUAAAAAUUGAUACAUGUGAAACAAUACAAAAACUUAAUCAAGGACAUUGUCGUUGUAUACUUACGACUGGCGAUAACCCCUUAACAGCUCUUUCCGUUGCAGAAAAAAGUGGAAUCAUUAAAAACAAUAGAAAACGUAAAAAAAAAAUUAUUUUAGGAGACCUCUAUGUUCCCGCGCAACCUUCAACAGAGGAAGCGACCAAAACAUGUUUUAUUUGGACUAAAAUUUCAAAGUGCUUUGAUGCCAAUACGUACAAAACACGUAAACAUCCUAAAGUAUUAAAACGGAAACGACUAGCUAAAGAAAAAGAAGUCAAUCUUCAUAUGGAAAUUAAUAAACUUUUACAAAAAAAAUGGAACAAGAGAGUCACACUUGAUUUAAAGGAUUUUUUAUGUGGGAAGAAUCCGCGAGAUUUCGAAUUCGUUCUUACGGGGCGCGCUUAUCGAAAACUUCGCAUGUUACACGAAGCAUUGCAAUUGCAAUGGUUUGAUGAAGUGACGAACCAACUUUCUGUACCAAGCUCGCUCCCUUUUACUUCAUAUGGAUUCAAUAAUACUUUAAGUCUUUUUAAUAAUUGGAAGAAUUUCUCAAUUUCUAAAAAAAAAAAUACCUUAUUUAGUAUAUUUCAAAAACCGGGAAAUAUUUCUGAACAAAUUCUCCAUCACGUUUCCAAUUUUUUUUUUUUUAACAAUUCUUUUGUACAAGAUACAUCAGAAUAUGCAGAAUUCAAUGACUCUUCAUUAAAAAUGUCAUCCCUAAAAACAUGUCUUUUAAAUUCUUCAUUGACUUAUGACUCAUAUAACGACAAGAGGAAUUAUGUUGCUGAUCAAAAAAUCAUUCCAUUUGUUCAACAAAAUACAACGGAAAUUUUAUCACAUGCAAUACCGUUUACAAAUUCUUCUUCAAGUUAUAUAGGGAAAUUUUUAUUAAAAGAAUACCCUUUUGAUAUUUUUACGCGACCGUCAAUAUCUCAUGCAAUAGAACAUUCUUCAUUGAACCAAAAAACACUGCAUGAAUCAUGUCAUUGGAAACAACCCAAUCACUCUGGUCAAAAUACCAAAAAUACACCUUCAGGUAAAUUGAGGUCUCUAACCAUAUACUCACCCUGCACUAUUUUUAAUCGACUUGGAUUUAUACAUCCAUACAAAACCGGAAACUUGAAGAAAUUUGAUCGUCAACAUUUUUUCUCCUUCUCUCCUUUGAUUCACGCUUCUAUUCUUGCGACGGGGAAUCACCCCAAAAUGUUGUCGAAUCGUAUAAUUUUUACCGAGUCACAAAAAAAACUUGAGCAAUCAUUUAAUAAUCAUUUGCUAGUAUUCGGUGCACAAUUUCAGAAUUCUCUUGAAAAUGUGAACCAGUGUGAAUCGGCACAAUCAAGUGGUCUACUUGAUUGUAAUUCGACCCACGCUGCUCCCAAUUGUGUUUCAUGUAAUGCACCAAAGUCGAAGCAUCGGUCAGACAUCGAGUCACUCAAACCUUACUCAUUCCCGCAUCCAUUUGUUUAUGUGUUUCAUACAAGGCUAAAAAAACUUAGAGCUUUCCGUGUACUGAACAAAAUUACUUUUCAAUCCUUUACCGCUCCAUAUCAAGAAUAUCUCAAAAAAAAAAAACUGAGAUCGUUUAAUUGUAGAUAUUUCGCUUCUAGCCAAAGAAGACCAUAUCAUUUUUCAAAGAAAAUUUCAAACUUUUUUCUUAUUCUUACAAAACAAGCUUUCGUAUUGGUAAACACUUUAAAAAACAAAGUGUUUCACAUUUGUGCAUUUCUUUGGGUACGCAAGCCAAUCUACGACAAAAACGCUUUAGAAUACCAUAGCGAAAUCGCACCACACACAAUUGGUUAUAAUGUUUUAUCAAAUUCAUACAAUUCAACUGCAUACGUCGAUACGAUGCAUCUACCUCAAAGUAAGGCUAAAAGAAAUCGUAGUUUUUUUGCAAAGUGGUUUUGGGGGGAUCGUAAUAAAAACUUCGACUCUCUGACUCAAAAACAAUCAUUGAUAACUUGUUUAUUACCUGAACAAACUGUUUCUUUUUUAAAUUCUUUCGACAACAAAAGCGCUCAGCCUACGUGUGAAAAUUUUAAUUUCUUAACAACUCAGUCACCCAGGAACACGCAAACCUCAAGCGUCAGCAAUCACACACCACCUCUUAUCAAAAUCAAUCAAAGCGAUGUUGCCCCUCGUUCUAUACUACAGAAAACAACAUCACAAACUGACCUUUCUAAUUCUCAUAGUUCAUCAACCUUGCUUCCUGACAACUCACUCACAAAAACCAAUGGAGUUUUCGAAAAUUAUGAUUCAGCAAGAAAAGGUGAAUGUAAAAAAUGUUUUGAUUGCUCUAAUAAUUGUCUUACGGAAAAACAUUCAGCGGUAAAAAUUUAUGAUGCUCCACAAAGAGUAAAUCAUUCAGCAGCGGAAUUUCAAACCCAUUUCCCUAGUGAGUUCUUAAAAAAAAAUUUACUGGAACAUAUCUCCAAUAUGGACGUCAUGUCCUUGUCCGUUGCUGUUUUUAAAAACACGUCUACCUUCAAGAAUAACAAAGAUAAUGAUUUCUCAAAUUCUAAACUGUUGUCGUCUAUUACUACAUUAAAUCAGCAGAAAACAAACAAUCAGGAUUAUGUUGAUAUAUCUAGAAAUCAUUCGCAGAAUGAAGAGCCUUACCCGCAACUCAUUCGUAUUUGGUUAUUUGAAUACUUGUUAAGACAAACACGGGUAUACGCUGGAAUGCUUCCUGAAGAUAAAACAUCUUUAGUAUCAACGUUAAGAAGUUUGCCUUAUACAUUUGCUGUUGGUAUGUGCGGGGAUGGCGCCAAUGACAGUGGGGCGCUUAGAUCCGCCGAUGUCGGGAUCUCUUUAAAUAAUGAACAGAUGUCCGUAGUAGCUCCUUUUAUGUCUCAAAGUGGAUCGAUCAGCUGCUGCACCGCAAUUCUCUGCGAGGGUCGCACUUCUUUAGAAAAUGCUAUUGAAAUGUUUUCAUUCAUUGUAUUUUAUUCAUUGAUUCAAUAUACGUCUGUUAUAUUAUUAUAUAUAUACGGCCUUAAUUUCUCAGAUAAUCAGUACUUAUGUAUUGACUUUCUUGUCAUUCUUCCACUUUCAACAAUUCUUUCCAAAAAACAUCACUCAACACAGUUUAAAGCAACUGUACCAAACGUCAAUCUCUUCUCAAAAUAUUUUGUUCUACAUAUUAUACUCCAUACAGCUGUGGGAUAUUUUUGCAUGAUUCUCCUUUUAAUUUUCCUACGAUUCACACCAGGCUGGGUCCCUUGUUACAUAACUCCUUUAGCAGGUGAUAGUGAUGGUGCAGAAGUUGCUUCCUACGAAAACACAGCCAUCUUUUACUUUACUAUUUUUUUGUAUCCUCUAUUCACGAUUUUUUCUGUCUACAAAAAUAGAUGGAAAGAAGAAAAAUUCAAAAAUUGGCUUUUUGGAGUCUGUUAUACUUUGCUUAUUGUUACCUUCUUCAUUGUCAUUGUGUAUCCAAGACCUGGAACUAUAUUGAUACCGACCGUUACCAACGUGUCACCUAUGCCACUACCAUUACCCCCAAUCACAUCAAUCAAUUGCAUCGAGCGGCUUUUAAUUAUGGUAGAUCAAACUCUGGUUCUAGUUAAAUUACCGUAUCAAGCCAAUGCACUCAUUUUCACCCUUUUACUAGUAUGCAUAUCUAUUUCCGCAUUUGUCCAAAUUCUCGUUUUAAAUCCAAUCAAAAAACAAGAAGAAUUUUAUUCCAAUUAUUGUCGUCAAUACAACAAAGAGUUUAUUCCUAGUAACACCAAAAAAAACAAAUUACAAGUGUAUCAGUGUUUUUAACUAUAAUUUAAUUUUACAAUUUUUUUGACAUUCCUUCUGCUUGUUAGCACUAUCUUUUCUUUACAAGAAUAGAUCACACUAGAAUUGUAAAUAGGUAACAACAUAGACAAAAUUUUUGUGAAACUGGGUUCACAGGAAUA